UUUUGUUGUUGUUUUUUUUACAGUUAUCCCCUAACUGAAACUACCAGCCACUGCACAGAAAAGAGAGCCGACAAAGCAUAAUCAGACUACAGUAAUCCCACUGUGAGAGCAACACACGCUAUUGUUCCAAACGUCGGGAGCCAAGGACGACCACCGAGUGACUAGCUUACAGACAUACUGUCUCUUUGACCAGCCAGGGCUUAACAUAAAUGGCUGACAAGCAAAUCAGUUUGCCUGCCAAAUUGAUCAAUGGGGGGAUCGCUGGCCUGAUUGGAGUGACCUGUGUGUUUCCCAUUGACCUGGCCAAGACUCGCUUGCAGAACCAGCAAAAUGGAGCCCGCCUUUACACCAGCAUGUCAGAUUGCCUUAUUAAGACCAUCCGGUCAGAGGGGUAUUUUGGGAUGUACAGAGGAGCGGCGGUGAACUUAACACUAGUCACACCAGAGAAAGCCAUCAAGUUGGCCGCUAACGACUUCUUCAGGCAGCACCUCUCCAAGGAUGGAAAACUCACUCUGGUCAAAGAGAUGCUGGCUGGAUGCGGGGCAGGAACAUGCCAGGUUAUCGUCACGACUCCUAUGGAGAUGUUGAAAAUCCAGCUCCAAGAUGCUGGACGCGUUGCGGCUCAGAGGAAGCUGAUGCCAGAGACGGUGGCAGCAGGUACUGUGGAGACCAAGUCCCCAACAGCCAUGCAGCUAACCAGAGAACUACUGAAGGAGAAGGGCAUUGCCGGGCUGUAUAAAGGCCUUGGAGCCACCUUGCUCAGGGAUGUUCCUUUCUCCAUCAUCUAUUUCCCCCUCUUCGCCAACCUGAAUAACCUGGGCAAAAGAGGCUCUGAAGGACCUGCACCUUUCUAUGUGUCCUUCAUAUCAGGCUGCGCUGCCGGAAGCACAGCGGCUGUUGCCGUCAACCCUGUUGAUGUGAUAAAGACCAGACUGCAGUCUCUGAACCGAGGAAGCACAGAAGACACGUAUAGUGGAGUGACUGACUGUAUCAGGAAAAUCUUGCGUAAUGAGGGUCCAUCAGCCUUCCUGAAGGGAGCCUACUGUCGAGCCUUGGUCAUCGCACCGCUGUUUGGCAUCGCCCAGGUGAUCUACUUCCUGGGUGUGGGUGAAUUUAUCCUCAGCUUCAUGCCUAACAAAGACAAAUAAAAGGCAACCUCCUCUCUGCCUUUCCCUCCCAUAACGCAUCACAAACAACUGCGCGAAGGUUCAUCUCAUUGUGAAAAAAGUGGAAGGGUCGAAGCACGACUCAUUCAGUACAUUUCAUUUUAAAUUUGUUGUGUUGAAUGUUGAAACAGUUUAGGACAGAGCCUUUCUUUUUUUUGUUGUUGCCAAGCUGCCUAUGGUGGCACUACAACUUCCAGUAGGCACGCUCAGCUAGCACUCUGGAAAUGAAGCCACAAAUAUCAGUUGAAGUCUUAAAGGAAUAACGCUUUAUGAUUACGACUUUUUUCUUUGUUUUGUGCAAUUUUUGAAUAUGAUUGUGAAAUUUAUGAAGUAGAUGUACUGCCCUUGGUUGCUGCAGUUCUGCAAGCCCUACAGUACCUGGUUUUUACAACAAUAACCCUCUGGAAGACCAUAGUUAGCUGGCUCAAUAACAUGCACAUUAUUUACUUAGAAAGAUCAUUAAACACAUUAGAAGGGGUGUAAUGAAAUAGUAUUUAAAGAAUCUCCCCUUAACCUUAUGUCUUAAAAAAAUAGUACGCUUAGAAUUGGAGAAAAUUAUAUGCCUCUGUUUCAGACAAAGACCCCAGGAAUGUGUUGAUGUGCUUCCAGCACUUCUCCUCUGAUCUUUCCUGUGAAACCACAUCCCUUCCUGUAAGUGGAUGUAAUGAACUUCGAUUGCCUUGGCUUUUGAAGUAGAUCAGGUUCCAUCUGAUAUUUUACACUACCACAAUGGUUUGGCUGUUCUGCCUCGUAUCAGUUACCCCUGGUUUCUGGUGAACAAACAGAGCGCCACUUUUUGUGGGCAUUAUGCAACAGGAAAACUAAAUGUAUGCAUUGUUUUCCUCGACACAGACUCUUAAAAAAACACUGCUUCUAUACCCUGCUUGUUAAGGGUCAAAGUCAUUAUCAGUUGGUCUUGUGGCCACGCCCCAAACAGUGAUGUCACAGCAGUGGUUUGGUCCUUUCCAUUUCAUGUUCGUUGUUGAUGAAUGAUGGACCGCCCUGCUGUGACAUCACUGAUCAGUUAGUGGUCAGAUGUGCAGGGUAUUUGAACAUUUUAGUGCAAACAUAGAGAGCAGUGUGGCUGCAGUUUUCUGCCCAGUGUGAUUCAUUGUUUGUUCAGGUGAAAGCAUUAGCUGUGAACACUAAAUGGCUUGAAAUGAUUUCCAGUUUAUUGGAAGAUAUUUAGCAAUUUGGCUGACAAAUCACAUCGAGUACAGUCCACCAUUGUGGUGGCAAUAACACUUUAACUGGAGUAGAUGAUAACCCCUCGGAGCCAAACAUAUUUAUUAUUGUUUACAGAUGAUCACGCUCACUUUAAAAUUCUACUUUGAACUUGAAGUCAGUGGCAAGACCCCAAAGAGGUAAUGAAAAAAAACGUUUUUCUUUAUCAGACAUUGAACCAAUGGUUUCAAUGUUUUUGAGUUUCACCAAACAUCUCUAAUUGUUUGCUUUAGAAGGUUUUGUUUGCUUUAAGCCGCUGUGGAGAGCAGCCCUUGUCGUAUCUUGUUUGUGCAUCACAACAAUGAAGCCCUGCCAUUGGUUUAUCUCGCCGGAGAUCAAGGUGACUUUGAUGUGUAUUAUCCAAUCACAUUCCUUUCUCGCUCCCACUGCCCAAGCAGCUCUUCAUUUGUACUGUUGCACUGUAGAUAGGCGAUGCAACUUCUCAAUGUGUUAUCAUUUGUGGGAGUGAGAUCUAUUUAUCGAUAUUCCUUUCUAUAGACAAUAUAGUACUAUAUAUUUGUAUGUGUUGUUUUUUUUUUUCUGUGUCAAAGUGUCCACCUUAUCUAUAUUGUACAUAUGCAGAUCAAAUGAACUUUUACGUUGUAGGAUUUAUUGUUUGUUUUGUACAUGAUGGCUUAUUUGCACACCUACCUCUCCAGCUCCCCCUUCAACCCAUAUUGUUGUGAGAUUAUGUUGUGGUGAUGAAGACAUAUCAAUUGAAGGAACAUGUUUUAAUGCAGCAAGCAUCAUUUCAACUUAAUGCAGCAUAUCAAUGAGGGUUUUUUUAAUGUAUGCAAAGGGGAACAGAAGGAGUAGAUCUAGAUUCUUCUCCCCGGGGUUAUGGGUGAAGUUUCAGUCUGUUUGCUACAGUUUCAUCCACCAAGGUGUCAUAGAAUGAUACUAAAAGUGUAGCUGCUUUUAGGUUGAUGACCUGUGGCUCUACUUAAACAUCUCUGGAAAUGAAAUGAACCCUGGAGAGGGCUAAUAGGGACCUGCUGACAUCAGCCUGUAACUCAUUUUGAAUGGUGCUUCUUCCAUGAGGUAGCUGCAAUAUGAAGGCGGCGGCUACUAACGACCAAGGCUGUGCCGACAGAAUUGCAUGCUAGUGAAUCUCUCAGCGUUAUCAAAGUCUUAACUGAAAGCCAUAGGUCAGGGAGGGACAUCAGAGCUGCCAGACGUCCACUGGCGCCCCCCAGCCAUGUUAGCAGAUGACAGCCGAGCCACAGGAAAACGGCACACACAAAAAAAAAACCCUGCCAGCUUCUGUGUGCUCGUCUUGAUAAAUCACUGUCUUGUUGUUGUUGUUUUUGACAUUCUGAUUUCCAGUUCAUCUCAUAAACAAUGUUGUUGUGAUCAGAAUGCCAAUUAAUGUGUUGUUGAGAUUACUGACUUGAUUUUUUUUUUUUCAUCCAGCCCCACCCUCACUCCUCCCUAGUUGUUUUCAGAUUUGAUUGUCUUUUUUUUUUUUCUUUCUGUUGAGUCCUGAAAAUGUUGUGCAAGUCAUUUUGUUUUACUCAGCUGUGAAUUUCAUUGACCUUGUGCAUUUGGUUAUGUAUGUGCGUGCGUGCGUGCGUGUCUGACUGUGCAGUGCUGUAGUUGAUGUGUAGUUGUUAGUGUGACACUGCGGUAUUUUUUUUCUCUUUGAUUGUCAGACCAAUGCUCUCUCCCUUCUCUCCCUCUAUCUGCCACCUCCUCUCCCCUCACAACCGGGGAGUGUAGGUGAAUGGAGAGGAGCUUUGAAACACCAAAUGUAUGACUAAGAGUGUAUACAAUCAAGAAAGCACAAAGGAUUAUUAGGCACAAGAGGCACACUUUGAAUACACUUAGACAGAGUCCUGGGUCUGAUUUAUUUCAGUGGCGAUGUUGAUUGAGAUUUUUAAGUUCAUCUGUCUGUUAAACUUGAUUCACAGGGCUGAGACGACAGGAUGAGGGUGUCCGCUAUGUUACCCACAAAAAUGUAUAUCGCCUACAUAUUCUAACUGAAUCAGAUAUGAGAAUGUAACUUAGAUAUUAUGAGAUUUUAUUAUAAUUAUAGUGAAGAGUUUAUUACAUUUUAAUGGAAAGAUUUGUGCUUUACACAUGAACCGGAAAAGACACAAACCAGCUCACUAAUAUGCAAUAAGUAGAAGUCACACACAGACACACACACACACACACACACACACACUCGAGGUAGACAAAAGAAGAAAACAAACAACUUCCCAACCUGUCAAUCACUCAAUGUAUGAUGCAGCCAGGGACCCUGGAGGCCUUCUGGGGUCUGAGCUCUCCUCACGGCCUCUGUUGUUCCUCCAAGAGGAACUGUGCAUUAAAGCACUUUAACAACAAGCACCCACACCCCACUGUCCAUCUAAUAAGUCUCUCUCUGCGACAAAGAGGGCGGAUAUGAAUAUGUGUGGUGAAUGACACAGUUGUCAUAGACAUUAUUUACAAUGAAAUGGAAAAAAAAAAAGAAAUAAUGUGUUUCCUGUCACAAUUUUGCUGUUCAAUAAACUGACUGUCCUCAAA